ACUGACAUCGACAAAAGAAGGUCUGGUUGGCGUCAAUAAACUAGCUUUCUUCUUUAGACACGCUGCCAAAUCCAUUAAAAGCCGAGCAGCGUCAUUUUGCGCGUCUGACGUCUGUGAAUAUGAUGCGCGUGGAUGUGGAGUGAACUGUCCGUGGUGCUGAAACCGCCGCAGCGACACACAGACGGAAUGCGCGUUCAGGACUCUACCAGCAUGCGCGCGAGCGUCCUUUGAUCGCUAUAUGUACUUUAAAUCCGUGGCAGACCCAAACCAGUGUCGGAAUGCUGCCCAACGACACAUUCAAGAACCUGGAGGAUGGUUUGUAUCUGUUAAACUCCUCCAACGAGACGCAUAACGGGGAGUCUCACGGCAGCAGCGCGAUCUUCAUCUCUUUCAUUUAUUCCGUGGUGUGUUUGGUCGGACUCUGUGGGAACUCGAUGGUGAUUUAUGUCAUCUUCAGAUAUGCCAAGAUGAAAACCGCGACCAAUAUCUACAUUUUGAACUUGGCGAUCGCCGAUGAGUUGCUCAUGUUGAGCGUGCCCUUUUUGGUGACCUCUUCGCUACUUCACCACUGGCCCUUCGGGUCUCUCCUGUGUCGUUUGGUUUUAAGCGUCGAUGCCAUCAACAUGUUCACCAGCAUCUAUUGUCUCACAGUGUUGAGUAUUGACCGGUACAUCUCUGUGGUGCAUCCCAUCAAAGCCGCCCGGUACCGGAGACCCACCAUCGCCAAAAUGGUCAACUUGGGGGUCUGGAUGUUCUCCAUCCUGGUCAUCUUACCCAUUGUCAUCUUCUCCACCACUGCGCCAAAUUCUGACGGAUCCGUGGCUUGCAACAUGCAGAUGCCCGAGCCCGAGAGGCAGUGGAUGGCUGUGUUCGUGAUAUAUGCCUUUCUGAUGGGUUUUCUUUUCCCGGUCAUCGCCAUAUGCAUGUGUUACAUCCUCAUUAUAGUGAAGAUGCGGGUCGUGGCGUUGAAAGCGGGCUGGCAGCAGCGCAAAAAGUCCGAGAGGAAGAUCACUCUCAUGGUGAUGAUGGUGGUAACUGUUUUUGUCAUCUGUUGGAUGCCGUUUCACAUCGUUCAGCUCGUAAGUGUGUUUGUUCAAAACCAUAAUGCAACCCUCAGUCAGCUGGCUGUGAUUUUAGGGUAUGCAAACAGCUGUGCAAAUCCCAUUCUGUACGGAUUCUUAUCGGACAACUUCAGGCGCUCCUUCCAGAGGAUUUUAUGCCUCCGAUGGUGGGAAAACGCCACGGAGGAACCCAUAGAUUACUAUGCCACGGCUUUAAAGAGUCGAGGAUACAGCGUGGACGAAUUUCAGCCGGAUAAUCUGGAAUCGGGCAGCACUUACAGGAACGGCACGUGUACAUCCAGAACUACAACACUGUAGGACUCAAUACAGGAGUGUAAAAGGCUGGUUUUGUUAUUUGUUGUCAUUGAAGUAUGUGUGAUUUAUUUGUGUUUCGUUUCUAUGUUUGGGUUACACUUUAGCUGGCAUUGUUUGCAUUAACAAACAUUAUGAGUUUACAUGCUUUACAAUUACGUUUGUUAAUGUGCGUUCAUGAAAAUAUGAUUUAUAUAUAUAUUUUUACAUAUUUUUAUAUUUCAGUGUUUGUUGAGAAAAAUGAUAAAUCUUUAUAUAAAGUGUUACUGAUGUGUUUGACUUUGUUGUUGAACUAAAGUUAUACGAUACAAAAAAAACUAUUGUUUAAACGAAAAAAAAUUAAACAAAAAACUAACAUUUAAGAAAUUCAGUUCCUUGUUUUGUAUUUAAUUUAAUUUACAACAUUUAGCAAGGAAAAUUCGCAUUUCAUGAAAAAAUACCGACCAUUGCAGUGCUGGGAAAAUAUAAAGUUUUAAUGUAGAGUGGAGAGAAAGCUCAUUAACUUAAUAUGUAAAUAUAUGCGAGAAAGCGGACCAAUCAAAAUUCCGUGUGCAUCACAAUGACGUCAUAUGUGUAGAUGGAAUCAGGAGAAUCAGGAACAGUGUAAGUUAAUGAUUGUUUGUGAUCAUUUACAAAUUCAAAAUGUUUUGGUAAUGUUAUUGUUCGGUCCUGACAGUCAAAGUGACUGAAAACUGAUCUGGAGCCUGUGAGAUCACCAAAAGUUUUGAGAAUGACACAAAUGGGACCACAAAACCAGUAAGGCUGAAUUUUUUGAAACUGGGAUUUAUACAUCAUCUGAAAGUUGAAUAAAUACACUUUCCAUUGAUGUUUGGUAUUAGAAUAACACACUAUUUGGCCAAGAUACAACUAUUUAAAAAUCUGUAAUCUAAAGCUGCAAAAAUGCCUUUAAAGUUGUCCAAAUAAAGUCCUUAGCAAUAAAUAUUACAAAUGAUACAUUCAUUUUACAAAAUAUCUUAUUGGAACAUGACCUUAACUUAAUAUCCGAAUGAUUUUUUUGCAUUAAAGAAAAAUUAUUUUGACCCAAACAAUGCAUAAUUGGCUAUUUCUACAAAUAUAACAAUGGGAGCCAUCACAAAUAUUAAUUUUCAUAAAGUCUGCUGCCUCAGUGUUUUUAAAUCUUUCUGUCAGAUCUUACUAUAUGGUAUAAUGAAGUGUCAGAGGCUUUUAUUGACAUGACAGUUUAUUAAGUGUUACGCAAAGAGUCAAUAUUUUCAAUAUCUGCAUUGGUGGUGCCCCAAUCUCGGAUCAGCCAUGAAUAAAGAAUAGUACAAAAACAUCCUCCAAGAGCAACUUUUCCCAACCUAAAACAGUUUGGUGACAAAGGCUGCAUAAAAGUGAUAACUACUGUAAGUGGCUCUGGGAACAAAGCAUUGACGUUUUAGGUUCAUGGCCAGGAAACUCCCCAGACCUUAAUCCCAUUGAGAACUUGUGGAUAAUCCUUA